CAGGCGCAGGCGCGGCGGGCAGCCGGGGGCCUGGAUCCCGGUGGCGCGAUCGCCGAGCGGACUCCGCGGCGAUGCUGUGGCCGCGCCUGGCGGCCGAGUGGGCGGCGCUGGCCUGGGAGCUGCUGGGCGCGUCGGUUCUGCUGCUGGCGGUGCGCUGGCUGGUGCGGCAGCUGGACAAGCGCGGCCUCCGCCCUCCGCCCGCGCCGCCGGCCCUCCGCCCAGGCCUACAUGAAAUGACAAUGGACACCAUCUUGGCUCGACUGAAACUCCUGAAACCAGAUGACCUUAGAGAAGAGAUUGUCAAAGCCGGACUGAAAUGUGGACCCAUCACGUCAACCACAAGGUUCAUUUUUGAGAAAAAGUUGGCUCAGGCUUUGCUAGCACACGGAGCUGACCAUCAUGCAGCGACUGCUACAGCUCUCAGCCAGGACUCACAGAGGACUUUGCAGUCUGCUGCAGGAAGGUUGGCUGAGCAGGCUGGCUUUCCUGAAGACAGAGAUUUUGGCUAUAGUGUGGGCUUGAACCCUCCAGUGGAAGAUGCCGUAAUGUCUAGCACUUGCUCGAUGCCCUUCAGUGCCACGACUGGGACUGGUGGCCACAAGGCCUCCGUGAGGGCCUCUACAGAGCCACCUCUGUACUACGGUGUGUGCCCAGCAUAUGAAGACACCCCAGUGAGAAACGAAAGGAUUCAUGUUUAUGAAGAUAAAAAAGAAGCAUUACAAGCUGUCAAGAUGAUCAAAGGAUCUCGAUUUAAAGCUUUUACGAACAGAGAAGAUGCUGAGAGAUUUGCUAAAGGAAUCUGUGACUAUGUCCCAUCUCCAAACAAAUCCUCUCUACCACCUUCUCCUGUGAAAACAGAACCCCUCUGUAACAGUGCUAGGUUAAAAGCCACAGACGGCUUGUACUUACCAGAGUCAGAAACGGUAAAUAAGGAGAGAGCCAACAGUUAUAAAAAUCCUCGAACACAAGACCUCACUUCCAAACUUCGAAAAGCUGUAGAGAAGGGAGAAAAAGACACCUUCUGUGAACUAGUCUGGAGUAACCCCCGGUACCUGAUCGGUUCGGGGGAUAACCCAACCAUCGUCCAGGAAGGAUGUCGGUACAAUGUCAUGCACGUUGCUGCUAAAGAAAACCAGGCUUCCAUCUGCCAGCUGGUCCUGGAGACUCUGGAAAACAUGGAGUUUAUGCGGCUGAUGUACCCAGAUGACAGCACACGCAUGUUGCAGAAACGCACCUCCUACAUCGUCGACCUGUACCUGAACACACCUGACAAAGUGGGCUAUGACACACCGUUGCAUUUUGCUUGUAAGUUUGGGAAUGCAGAUGUUGUCAAUGUGCUUUCUUCACAUCCUUUGAUAGUGAAAGACCCAAGAAAUAAAUUUGAUAAAACUCCUGAAAAUGUUAUUUGUGAAAGAAGCAAAAAUAAAUCUGUGGAACUGAAAGAGUGGAUAAGAGAACUCUUGAUGGGCCACUACUAUGUUCCUCUCCUGAGAGCAGAAGACUCGCCUCCGGUCAUCGGGGAGCUGUGGUCUGCAGACCAGACAGCCGCGGACUCUCCCGUCUGCCACAGAGCAGGCAGCCCCCGAGACCCUGCCCCCACCCUGCGAGCCUACGUGGGGCCGCUGAACCCCUCCAAGGCAGAAAACUUUCGCAGACUCUGGAAAACACCGCCACGAGAGAAAGCAGGCUUCUUUCACAACGUCAGGAAGUCAGAUCCCGACAGAGGCCUGGAGAGAGUGGGCAGGGACCUGGCUCAUGAGCUGAAGUACCCUUGGGCUGAAUACUGGGACUUCCUGGACUGUUUUGUUGACCUCUCCUCCCAGGAGGGCCUACAGACACUAGAAGACUAUCUGCAACAGCUGCAAGCAGGCAGAAAAGCCCAGCUAGAAACUGGAGAAAAUGAAGCUGUGCAUCAAGAAGAAUUCAGCCGUCCUGGGAACAGCAGCAACUCCAUCUCUGUGGGUGCAUUUCUUGAUGAAGAUGAAGACUUGACCUCGGAAGAGAUCAAAAACCGGCAGAACACGGCUCGGAGCAGCACCCAGAGCGCAGUAAGCGCUGUUGGAGACUCCGGGUGCGGCAUCCUCCCCCUGGAGCAGGAGAGGGGUGUCGUCCGAGGCUCAGCCCCAGCCCGUCCCCAGCACAGCCGGAACGGGCUCUGCAGUCAGGUGCUGGCUGGGAGAAGAACUCAGGCCACCGGUGCAGAGGGAGCCAUGCUGGUGCCCAUCUCCAGUCUGACUGUUGAGUUUGAUAAGAUGAGCUUUUCCGAGACUCCCAGUAAGAACACGGAGGCCAGAGAGAUGCUGGUGCCAGGCCCAGAAAGCGUGGACACUGACCUAGAAUCACCAGACACCGCGGACACGCUCAGGGCUAGGCGGACACAGGCGGAGAGCGACAUGUCCACUGCGGCUGCUGGGCUGAGCCUGGAGCCCACUGGUGACGGCCAAGAACUCCAGCGGGGUGGUGGUUCUGCCCCCUCGGAGCCCGCAGGGCUGCCAGCCACAAGGGGGCCUGUCCAGAGGCUCUUCCUCCUGGGAGAGGAGCCGUCCAAGCUGGACCGGGACGUCCUGGCCGCGCUGGAGGGUGUGGAAGUGGACCCCCGCCUGCACCCCACCGUGCACAGCUGGAGGGCCGCUGUGCUUUGCUUCUCGCCGGCCGCCAGGCAGAGCUGGCCGAGUCCUGCGCUGAAGGGGAGGUGGAAGUCUCAGCUGGCCAACGCCGGAUGCUUACGUGGCUGCAGCCUGGGGAGCGGCAGUCCUGGAAGGGCCAGCACCGUCUUCCUGCCCAGCAGGGGCAGCCCCAGCCGCUACAGCCCAGCACAUGGCAGCCCCCUCCACAGGCUGGUGCUCCUGGCACAGCCCACCAGCCUAUAAAACUGCACUUCACCCCCAUUUCUAAGGAGAAAAGGGCCAUGUUUGUUCCAGGAUUGUAUGAAAGACGACGCCAGUUAACUUUCAGCCCUCGCUUUGAGAGUGAACAAAUUUUAGAAAAUGCUAAUGUUCUGUAUAUAAAGUCUGUUGUUUGGAGAGCUGAUGAAAGCAAGGAUCCGGAUUUUCUGAGGACUCUGGUAAGGACAUGCCCAGCUGCUAGGGGGCAUGCCAGAUGCCGUUCUUGGAGGAUGGGUUAGCACCGUCUUUUCUAAGGGAGGGUCCUCUGACUUCUCAGUGGUAGACUACCCUCUGCCAUUUCCUGGUGGUCGGGUGGGCUGGCGCCCGCCCAGAAACACACAGGCUAUGGCCACGUCUUAGGCUCGAAGUGAACCCGAUACGGGCCAUUAAAGUGCUGAUUAGGGAGAUGCUACUAGCAUUCUCUCGGGAACUGUCUCUGGCAGUUGGAGUUGGUGGGCACUCAGAACUUGCAGCAGUCAGAUGCUAUUCUUUGCCCAGCUCUGGAGCCCUUCAUGUCCUUGGCAGUGUGGUGGUGAUGAGUGGUGUAUGAACACACCUAGGUUCACAGUGGAUCCCGCGGUUUAGGUUCACUUCAGUUGGAGUUCCCAUUAUAAAAGGGCAUUGUGUCCCGGCACAGAAAUCAUUUCUUUCUGAGGGGUGUGCCUCAGUCUAGCCACUGCUCAGCAAACCACCCCCCCCCCCCAUCUCCAGCAUGGAGGUCUCUAGCCCAUCGCUGCCACAGGCACCAUUGUGUGGACAUACCACGUUCACUCCAAGCAAAACCAGUUACUGAUGCUUUUGCUAACUUCAGUGCCUUCUGUAAUUUAAUUUUUUUUUUUUCCUAAGCUUGCUUUUUGAGAAUGUUCACUGAGUGGGGGUGAGCUUUUUAAUUGUUUGUAAAAAUUCUAAGUUGAAAUUUGUAUUUUAAAAAAAGCGUAUUGGUUUCAUGAGAUAACAAGACAUGUUAGGAAUAUUGGAAUCAGCAUUUAUAUUUUAAUUCAAAGAAGGCUAUUACAUAGGGUAUUUGCAGACAAUCUCUAAGAAAGUUACAUUUUAAAAGGCAUCUUUCUUCUCAAAAGAAGUCAAACACAGAGACUAUAUCGUGGCAUUUUCUCAUCUUACCACAAUACCCUGUGAGUAUCGUCAGUGUUCAGACGGAUAUUAAAAGUUCCUGCAGUUCUGCAGCC